AUGAUGCAAGUGAACCCCAAGGAGUUAGCAUGGGGUGGUCAAGGUAGAAAGGGAGAGAGAGGAGGACGACGACGACAACCGGACCAACACCAUCACUGCGACCGCUACCGGAGACGACCACCGCGACCACCAUCACCACCGGCGACCUUCCCUCCACCGACCGCCACCACCAGUGGCGAUUUUCGCCUUCGCGACUUCCGACGGGACCCCACACCGCCAAGGUGCUGGAAUUGGCUGGAAAACGCGGCGAGGGACAACAAGAAGACCUGUAUCAUGCCACAACCCAUUCAUGUUGUAGCUAUUACUGUGAACAUCCUAAUGAUGCUUCAAACAUCUUCCAGUGUCGAUGCCAACGAUGACGAGGAUGAGGACGAAGAGGAGACAGGUAGUGAGGAGGAGGAGGAGGAGGAAGACGGGAGCAUGAGGACGAUGAUAGUGAGGGUGGUAAUAGUAGUUUUUUUUAUUUUUAUUUUUUGCUCGCAGCUUAAGGGAGAGGAUAAAUGUAAUGCCCAUAUAAUGGUUUUUGUAUCCGGAAGACUAUGUAUUACGCUCAUCAUUCUAGUGAAUGCCAAAGUUUGCUCUAUUUAUUUUUUGUUGCUUUCGUGGUUUUUCUGAAGACAAUGUUUGGUU